UUGCGCUCAUGCCUGUUGAUUUGAGCUACUCCUUCCACUAAAAACCUUCAUUCACCACCACUCUCCCCAGCGGCGCGUCAAAUCCACCGCCCUCUUCUUGUUCUUCUUCUUCUUCCUCUUCUAUGGCAGGUCUAAAGAGAAAAAGCAAUGAAGGAAACAAACAAAACAAAGCGCGUGACUUUAAGAACAAAAAACAACGUGGUGGUAAUAAUAAAGGGAAAGAUGGUAAAAGAAAAGGUCCACGUUUACCUAAUGCUAUGUUAAAAGAGCUUCAAAUAAGAAAAAGGUACAAUGAAUCCGAUGAUGAAGAAAUUGGUACUGAUGAUGCUAUUAAUGACUUUUAUGAAUACGAAGAGGGUGUUGCUGAAGAAGAAACCAGAAAAAAUCGUCGGUUCGAUCCUGUUGAAAAUUUUCAAUAUGAACUUCCUGAUGAAUUUGAGGAUGAAAAUGUAUCUUCAGAUGAUGAAGAUGGUGAUGGUGAUGAGGAUGGACGGAGAGGAGACAAUGAUGAGGAAGAGGAAGAGGAUGAUGGAAGGCAUUCGCGAUUGUUGCAAGAUAUCACUGGACUUCCCACUGAUGCUUUUGAUGGCAAGAAGAAGAAAAAUGAUGUUAUCAUAUCUGAGGCAUAUUCAGAGUCUGAGUAUAAUCCCAGUCGUGAUAUUUUGGAUGGGGAUGGCCGCAUUAGCAUCCAGGAUCUUCUGGACCCACUCCAUGGGAAGUCUGACUAUAGCAAACUUAGAAAGACCAUGAGUCGGAUGGAGAAGAAGUCCAUGCCCAUUCAUGCACCUCUUCCGAAACCAGAUCAAGAGAGAUUGGAUAGAAAGGCAGCUUAUGGUUUUAUGCAGAAGGAUGUUACGAAAUGGGAACCUCAUGUCAAAAGAAAUAGAGAGGCACCGACUAUUUAUUUUGACGAAGAUAAGGAUGUGGGAUUUUCUACUGUAGGAGCAAUAGCUGCUGAAUUUGAACCAAGAACUGAUUUUGAGAAAAAAAUUGCUUCCCUUUUCAAUGACCAUGAAGUUGUUGAAGCUCAUAAAAAAGAUGGUGCAAGACUUCUUGAACUUAAUAAGAUAUCUGUAGAAGAUGUGAGGGAGCGGCAAAACCAGCUUGCUAAGAUGAAAAGUCUUCUUUUCCGUCAUGAAAUGAAGGCAAAACGAGUCAAGAAGAUAAAAUCAAAAGUGUAUCAUCGUUUGUUGAAAAAAGACAGAUUGAAGCAAGCAGGUACUGCAAUGGAAACAGAUCCGGAAGCAGCCAAAGAGCAGGCAAUGAAACAAGAAUUCAAAAGGGCAGAGGAGCGCUUGACUCUGAAGCACAAGAACAGCUCCAAGUGGGCAAAGCGCAUCUUAAAACGUGGCUUGGAUUUGCAAGAUGAAGGAACUCGAGUUGCUAUUCAUGAACAGCUGAAUCAACAUGCCCUUUUGUCCAGAAAAGCAAAUAACAUGAAAGACAGUAGUGGUAGUAGUAGUGAAGAAAGCAGUGAUGAGGAUGACCUUGAUGAGGCUUCUGAUGGAUCAGAUCAGGAAGCUGCAGUAAAACUGUUGAAGAAAGCAAAGGACAAGACCACUCAAGUCUUAGAAGGGGAUGAAGAAUUGCCAGUGUCAGGAGUGCUUUCCUUACCUUUCAUGGUCCGUGGAUUGAAAAGAAGGAAAGAGGCAGCCGAUGAAGAAGCAAAGCUUGCUCUGGAAGAGUAUGAGUCAUCAUUGAAGGAGUUAGAAGACAACAACGAGCCAAAAACUCAAGGAACAAAUAUUUCGACUGGUAGGAGGGUUUUUGGUGCUCAAAAAAAGCAGGCACCUGAACAACCCAAAAAGAAAGUGACAUCAGACAAUUACUACGGUGACAGUGAUAGUGAAGGUGAGACAGAUGCCAGAGAAAUUGGCAUUAGUGCUCGUGAAGAAAAUAAAUUUUCUGAGAGGGAAGUUCAUUUUGAUCCCAAUGCACUUCGUGAAGAAUCUGAGAUUGGUCAUGAUUCUCUGUUUAAGAGUUUUGACGAUAUUGCAAGAGACCCCAACUCAAAGACAUCGUAUGAGGUUUCCAUUUUUGCAGCCGAUUCGUGGAAAAAGAUGAAUGAUUCGUCAGUUAAAGGGAAGCAGACAAAAUCUGCAAAUGCAAAAAGUGUAAGCUCUUUACAGAUCACAGAACCUGUUGUGGGUAAACCUGAUAGGGAGGAAAUUGAUGAUGAUAGUGAUGCAGAUAGUGGAGGAGAAAUGGUCGAUGGGAUUUUAACUUCUGGGACUAAGUCCACAUAUGAAAUCCCAUCUCAAGAAGAACUCAUUCGGCGUGCUUUUGCGGGUGAUGACGUUGAAGACGACUUUGAGAGAGAAAAACAGGAUGCCUUGAAUGAGGAAAUUCCAGAGCCUGAGAAGCCUGUUUUACUUCCUGGUUGGGGCCAAUGGACCAAUAUACAAAAGAAGAGAGGUCCGCCUUCUUGGAUGCUUGAAGAACAUGAUAAUGCCAAAAAGAAAAGGGAAGAAGUUCUCAAGAAGAGAAAAGAUGCAAAUCUGAAUCAUGUUAUUAUCUCCGAAAAGAGGGAUAAGAAGGCUGAAAAAUUACACACGCCGACGUUACCUUAUCCCUUUACUUCGCAAGAAGUUUUUGAGCAGAGCAUUCGGAUGCCCAUUGGACCUGACUUCAACCCUGGGACAGCAGUUGGAGCUCUUAUUCGCCCAGAGGUAGUAAAGAGGAGCGGUAUUAUCAUAAAGCCUAUCAAAUUCGAGGAGGUAAAUCCCCAUGAAAGAGCGCAGGACCACAAACGUGGUGGUGUGCAGAAAAAGAAGGGUGGUCAAAAUAAGGGUAAAGCCACAAAAAAGAAAACCGUGUAGAUCGGAAGGUUAACUGAUUCACGAGGUUUGACAUUUUAAAGAAAUCUUUAUGGCGUGCUGGAGUGUUGAGAUCCCUCCCUUGGUUGAUGAUAAAUCACUACUUGGGACAUUUCUUGCCAUGUUCUUGUAUCGGCUUUGCAGUUGGGGCCUCUUUUCUGCUGUUUUGGUAGAAGAAUUUUUUAGUUGCAGUUGCAUACAAUGAACCCUUACGAAUCAUGAAGAUGCGAGGCUUUUACUCUCCACAAAUGCAGCAAAAAGAGAUUUAUUUUUUAGUUCUGUAGUAAUUCUUUAGUAGAUGACUGACAUAGGCAUGGCUCGUGUCGCUAUAUACGCUGCAAACUUAAUUCUUAUGAGUGUACUAUGUGAACUGAGCUAUUUUGUUAUUUGAAAUUAUUUAUAGUGUAUAAUUGGUUCAAGCGAAGCAGGGAUGCAAAGUUUUGUUUCA